AUGGUACCUGCUCAGAUGACACCAACCUACAUGGUACCUGCUCAGAUGACUCCAACCUACAUGGUACCAGCUCAGAUGACUCCAACCUACAUGGUACCAGCUCACAUGACUCCAACCUACAUGGUACCAGCUUACAUGACACCAACCUACAUGGUACCAGCUCACAUGACACCAACCUACAUGGUACCAGCUCAAAUGACACCAACCUACAUGGUACCAGCGCAGAUGACACCAACCAACAUGGUACCAGCUCACAUGACACCAACCUACAUGGUACCUGCUCACAUGACAGCUUCCUACAUGGUACCUGCUCACAUGACUCCAACCUACAUGGUACCAGCUCAGAUGACACCAACCUACAUGGUACCAGCUCAGAUGACACCAAUAUACAUGGUACCUGCUCACAUGACUCCAACCUACAUGGUACCAGCUCAGAUGACACCAACCUACAUGGUAUCAGCUCACAUGACACCAAUAUACAUGGUACCAUCUCACAUGACACCAACCUACAUGGUAUUUGCUCUCAAUAUAGGUCAUAUAAUAUGA